GUGCCUGCCUCUCUUGGGGCGAGGGUCGUGAGACCCUAUUUGCACCUCUUUUGGUGUGUAAUCAAUUAAGGAGGAUUUCUCACCUUUUGGAUGCUGGGAGAGACAAUGCCUUUGGUCACCGGACUGGUUCCCUCACGAUUCCUGACCCUCACGGCCCAUUUGGUCAUCGUCAUCACCAUCUUCUGGUCCAGGGAAAACAAUGUCCGUGCUUCCCUGCCUCUCCAAUGCACCCAGGAGGAGUUUGAGAACCAAGACACAGAGAUGGUGGUUGCCCUGUCGGUGACGCUCGGGCUUUUCGCAGUGGAGUUGGCUGGCUUUCUCUGUGGAGUGUCCAUGUUCAACAAUGUGCAGAGCCUCCUCUCUUUGGCUGCCCACUGCAGUGCCUCCAUCUGCCUCUCCUUUUUCGUCUUUGAGCGCUGGGAGACGGUCACUUAUUGGUACAUCAUGGGCUUCUGCAGCGCCUUGCCUGCCGCUGUGGAGAUACUGCUUUUCAUCUCAGUCUUGGGCUUGAAGAAGAAGCCCCUGUGAAGCCCCUGCCACAGAAAACCAACUGAGGAGAGCCAAGCUGCGUUGGCACAGGAAACAGAAACUGAGCAGAGAGCCACCUGUUCCAGGGCUCUGACCCUCCCUGGUGUCACAUUGCCAGCGGCCACCCACAGCUCCAGCAACACAGAUAUGUCUUCUGCGCUGUGUGCUGCCUCCCCCCAGCGGUAAUCGUGGUAACAGCGCCCUGUCGCUGCACAAAGCCACGUGUUUGUUCACACGUGCUUUUUCCAGCCUCUUGUCGUGCAUCUGCAGUGCCAAAAUGCCUCCUUCAGAAGAAUUGGCCGAGCCCGAGGCUGUAGCCCAAUGGGCCGCCCUGCAAAAGGGACUAGAGGGCAUAACGGGUGUGUGGGUGUGCAAAAUUUAUUCGGGACAUUUGAUUGUAGUUAGAUAAUGCUGUAUGAGAUUUAUUACACUUUUUUCUACCUGAAUAAAAUAGCACCCUUCUCAUAAAUUC